CCGUAGCAUCCGAUACCUACCCCUCCCUCUCUGCCCUUUUCAUACUCUUAUCGUCUUGAACCUCCGUAAACAGAUUUCCCAGAAGGGUUUAUGUGGAAAAACAAUGAUUCGAAGCAUCAUACGAAAACCGUCAAACUUAACGGCUGCCGUUACCCUGUACCUCAAACCCCAUUUCACCUCGGCCCUCUCCGCUACUCCUUGUUGCCGUCACCGUCACCAUCAGUUUACUUCUCUUUUCAGAUUUUUUUCAAGCAACGAUUCGCCGGCGACUCAGGGCUCCGACUUAACCCGGGUGGCGAAUCUUCUAGACGGUUGCGACUACGGGCACUGGGUCGUGUUCAUGGAGCCUCCUGAUGGUUACCCACAACGAGACCAGAUCGUCCGACGAUAUAUCGAAACCCUAGCUAUGGCUUUGGGAAGUGAGGAGAAAGCUAAAAAAACAAUUUACUCAGUUUCUACCAAGUACUACUAUGCAUUUAGUUGCAAAAUUCCAGAAAGUAUGACUCACAUGAUCAAAUCCCUGCCCAAUGUGAGAUGGGUUCUACCAGAUUCUCAUUUGUAUCCUGGUGAAAAUGAGUAUGGAGGAGAACCAUUUGUUGAUGGCGAGGUCGUUCCAUAUGAUGAGAAGUACCACUCAGACUGGCUACGUGUUCAUGAUGAUGACAAAGGUCCGACAAAAGCUCACUCAAGGAAAGCCAGAAGAAAAGAAAAGAAAAGAAAAGAAAAGAGAAUCUAACUUUAUGGAAUUGAUGUCCCGGUCGCAUAAGAUAUGACAUCUUGCUAAAAUUCUUAAACAAGGACAACAUUUUUUCUGUCCUACCACAAUUGCACAUGAGAUACAACGUAAUUGGGACUGCAAUUGGUUGGUUACUUGGAUUCAUUCCGGUUCUUAUUGGUGAGGUUUUGAGUCUAUCAAGGAUAUCUGGAAGCGAUACAGCUCUAGCAAAAAUGUUUAACUUGGUGUGACUCUGAACCUUCCUGGAGAAAACUUAGAGCUCGUUUUGGAUGCACAAGAUUACUGCCUGGUGGAGGAUUACAGCAACUGAACAAUGUGAUGCUUCCUUCUUAAAGAGACUAACUCAUCACCAGUGGUUGGAGAACAGAACCUAGUGAGAGCCAGGGCUAAGUACUGUUCAACUAUAAACAAAGUGGGAAGUAUUAUCCGACUUCAAAACGUUCCUCAAGCAGCAUCGAGAUAAUGUUUGAUCCCCAAACUGCAUUUGCUUUUUUGUCAUCCUCAAAAUGAGCCUCGGAGGUAUGGCCACUUAGUGUUAUUAUUCCCAUAAAGGCUCGGCUGUUGCUUGUUCUUCUCUUUUGGUGGUCACACUAGGUGAGAUUGAUUGAAUCUUACCAUGGUUAAUAUUUACUCCCCGUUUGUUUUAAUAACAUGGUCCAUAUCUUUGUUAUAUAUGUCUUCUUGAUUUGCUGAGCAUGAGCUUAUUAUGGUUGUGCUUGAUUUUAGAUCACAUUAUAUGUAAUCUCUUAUGCUUCAGUUCA